AUGCUAACCAUGACCAUGAGCUACGGGAACGAUUUCUGCAGGACAUUGUCAAUGACCAUUGACGAAAUUCGCAGCGAGAUGGACGGCAACUCACAGAAUGACUGCCCCAAUCAGAGCCCCCUCAACCCUGCCGCGCCCCCAGAGGCGCGCGACCUCUACAAUAAAAUGUUCAGGUUGGAGAAGAAGAUUCUCGAUCUCUGGCAGUCCAUCGAGAGCGUCGACCACACGUUCAAUGAGGUGAACGUGCUAGUCGGCCAGAUGCUGCAGAUGCAGGAGGAUGCCCACUCGAGGAUCCCGCGCCAGCGGUGUCCCAUGUCGCUGCGCGCUUUCAUGGUUCCCAAGGAGGAGCCGCCCGACAGCCCGCAGGCGAAGCAGGAGAGGGGGCAACUGUCCAUGGAAGACUUCUCGGAGCCUUUGAGAGCUGCUGGAGGCCCAGCACAGUAUAUCAUGCAGGAGUGCCCCGACGAAAGCACGGCCACCGCCAUGGCUCAGCACCUGGACGCCCUCUUCGAAAAGGAUCCAACUCUUAGCUACGGGACAAAGGAGUUGUUCUACAGCGCCGCAGGGGAGACGGAGCUCAUCUUCAGGAUCACAGACUUGGGCUUCUCAGACGAAGUAACUACCAAAGGCAUGCCGCGGCUUCAUACAUCCUUGUCAUUGGUAGACAGCAUCCUCAACGGCGGAUUUGUGACGAUCAGCGACCCCAUACUAGCGUGGCCAAAUCCGAAGACUAAAGACAAGGCUCACUGGUGGCUAUCGUACGUCAAGGGCCACGCCCGAGCAUGCACCGCCAUCGCCAUGUGCAUCAUUCUUUACAAGAAGUUUGGUAACGUCGAGAAGCUUUUGGAAGCUGGAGGCCAAAGGUUGUUGGUAUCUUUGAGAGCAGUCCGUGUUCGUUGCCAUGAUGUUGCUCCAGACCUGAUGUCGGUUGCCUUCAAGAACGCACUUUUAGCCCACCGCGGAAGCAUUCGCAAAGCUCAUGAUGUGCUCAGUUGGAUCCAGAAGCUUGAGAAGGUGUCUGUGGCCACAGGCUGGUCUGAAGACGAAGUCUUGACCAAGUGGAACCAGGAGUGCCCUUCGGACGCCCGGGUGACUGGAGCCAAGAAGGUGUGCUGUCUCAACAUCCUCAGGUCUGUCGACAAGGAAGGCCGUACUCUCCUCCUGGACCACGCGUCGAAAUACGGUGAGAACAGCGCAUUCCAAGAUGAUGCGUUCUCGUCCAAGAAGAUACUUGCAGGGUACAAGCCGCGCAUUGGGUCAGUGAAGUGGACCCGGCUGCUGACUGUCACGCACGAGUCGUUCAGGGUCAUGAUGAUCGCCGUCAUCAGUAGACACGAAGCAGCGCCAGAGGCAGCACGCACCAAAAUCUCAAAGGCCAACCUUGAGAAGAUCAGCGAGUUGUCAGCGUUGGCACAUGCCAUCAUUAUGGACGCCAUCGCCCAAUACCCGCAGAUUCCACAUUCCGACCUCUCCGAUGGGUUCCUCACGCCCUUUGCGGAGGGCGACCCCAACACCACCUUAUCGCUUGAGACUGCCAUCAUGCAGAAGGAGGCCAACUUUGGCGUCACAGAUAUUCCCGAGCUCAAGGAGUUGAUCAUAUCGCUAACCGCUGGCGCACCUGGCGGUGAUCCGCCAAAGGCUGUGGCGUUGAAGGUGGAAUCGACUGAGCUUGAGAAGCAAGAGUUUGAGCUGUUCAAGAAUCGUGUCCGCCACGAUGUCAGCGUGGCCAGCGCCUACAUCGGCAAAACUCGCGAUCGCGAGACGGCCAUGUACUACAAGACAGUGCAGCACCGUGUCUGGCGAGCCCAGGAGGCCGAGUCUGCGGCACAGUCGUUGUUUGACCCCUCUCACGUGAAUUGCAAGAUCACCCUUGUCACGUCGGCAGAGCAAAAAGCUGUGACAAAGGCGGUUGGGCGAGUGAAAGAGCAAUUAGCCAAGAACGCCCUGACGUCGAACACCUCUAUCAACACGUUUGUGCACAUCAAUUGGACGGCGAUGUCGCUAUUCAAUGCGAAGACGACCAAGGCACAGCACUUUUUGUUGGGUGAGUUCGUUCGCUCCGACGGCCCGGCAAUCGGGAUGGUGCUUCUCCCAACAUUCACCUACAAGAAGGGCUUCCUUUACAAGGCGGAAGCAGAAGCGCAAUCAAGCAUCGGCCAGCACGGCCUCUUCAUUGACAGAUCUAUAUGCUUGCACUUUACUGAGAAACCAGAGGAGCGUUCAGAACGGCCACUCAUGAUCAAGGGGGCCUUGGUAUUUGCUGACGACGACUCCAACCGCAUCAAAGCGUGGAAAGGCAUUCCAGCAUUCAAGGAUUCAGUCAUUGCAUGCGGCGCGCAGCUCCGCACCAAGGAUAUGGUCACUGUGGAAGAUACCGCGAUGGAGGCGUUGCCUGCGACAAUCGAGACGGACACGCACGCCAGCCAAGGAGAGAAACAUCACCAGCUUGGCGUGCCAGCUUACCACCGCGUGCUCAACGCAAUGCUUUCAGGUCUCCCAGGUGAUCAACGGGGGGCGACGAUGGUGAUCGACUUGUCCUUGCACACUGCUGACAUGCUGAAGGCGUUCAUCACGUUCAGCGAGACUUUCGGGCAGCAAGUGGCAUACGUCGGCAUGUGCGCAGACGAGAUCUCCGUCGACUUCUGCAAGGCUGAGGGUACUCAUUACACCAAGCAACGCAUCUUAGCAGGCGACAUGAAGGUACCCCACUUCAAUGUUCCGCCAGCUGAGGUGCCGUCUGAUAGCCAGUCGCCAGAGAUUGCCAAGCCGCAGCUCGUUGCCAUGCGCUGGACCGGCGACCGCCCGACGAUUGCCGAAGUCGACUUGCAGAAAUGGAGCGGACGCGAGGUCUUUGCAGAGCAGUUUUCAGACAUGGUGGCGACGCUUGAGUUUGAAACUGGGUUCGACCUCGUAAAGGGCAAGGACAAGGACAAGGGGGAAACAGACAAGGGUGACAAGGCAGCUUCGCCUGGCAAGACAGGUGCCGACCCAGCGGAGCGCCCAGCAAAGGUCGCUCGGACGACAGAGCCUGAUACGUUCAUCGACGAAUCGACCAUCGCUACUCAGAUCACCCACGACGUCCCGCUCACUUCCAUCAAUGGGAAGACGGGGAAGCUCUAUCUACGCGUGUGCGUGAACAACGAGAUGUACAUCGUCAACAAGGGCACAGAGGCAGCAAAGGUGUCGCAAGGCGCCAUGCUGGCUGGUUUCUCAAAAGGGAAGUGGACGAAUGACAUGCUUGAGGACAAGCCCGAGAAGUACAUCAAGUUCGAGUUGGCCGAUUGCGACAGUCUUGUCGUCUUCAACGCUCGGAUGUGUCGCGUCGGGGCGCUUGUGAAUGAGAAGCGUUUGACAGAAAGUGCAGAUGAGACGAGAGCGUGCUACCACAGCCUCGUGGAGAGCCCGACGGACGACGACCACACAGCCUUCAAGCUCAACGUCUCGCAGACAAUAUACUAUCGCUUGGCCGACGUGGCCGUCAAGGAGGAGGACAACGCUAAAGCUCCUUCUCAGAACAACGUGGGCGGGACCAUGCCGGCAACAGCGUGGGACACCAAGAACACAGGCAUAUGUUGGGUCAUGCAGUGGCGCAAGAGGAAGGGCUUGCAACCCGCUCGCCCGCAGGUGUGCUGGAAGGCAAGCGACAUCGACAUCUUGCCUGGCAAGGCGUUGAAGCUCAUCCAGUGA